GAAAGAAGGUACAAACACAGCUGACGGCUCGGCUCACAAUCACCUCCACACGCCUAUAGACGUCAAACUUAUUCAAACAUGGCAUACAACUUUGUGCGCUCCUACAUAGAUACCUUCCGCGAGCGAACCGCCGCCAUCAGCCAUACCUCGACAUUCCGCGAGACAGGGCAGAUAACGCCAGAGGAGUUCGUCCUCGCAGGAGACUUCCUGGUCUUCAAGUUCCCUUCCUGGCAGUGGGCAGAUGCCUCGUCUCCCUCAAAACGCGUAUCAUACCUCCCCGACGGAAAGCAGUUUCUUGUUACGCGCGGCGUGCCCUGCCACCGCCGGCUCGACGACAACUUUGCGGGAGAAGCUGGCCAGGAUGAGACAAUAGUGAGAGAUGGCUUUGCUGCUGGCGAAGGCGCGACAGAUGACGAUGGCUGGCUGAGAACGGGCGGCAUGGCUGCGAGUCAGGAGGCCAAGGUUCGCGAUGUACGGACCGUGGAUGAGAGUGGAAACCUGGGCGCAGCGGAAGAGGAUGACGAGAUACCCGACAUGGAGGACGAUGAAGAUGAUGAGGAAGCCAUCAUAAGAGACCCACAUGCUGGCUCAAACACCCAAGCUCCACUACGAACCUACACACUCUACAUCACAUACUCGGCCCACUACCGAACACCACGAUUAUACCUCUCUGGAUACGGCUCAACUUCCGUCCCUUUAAAGCCCCAAGAAAUGAUGGAAGAUAUCGUAGGAGACUACAAAGACAAGACUGUCACAAUCGAAGACUUCCCCUUCUUCGAGCACGCGCUCAAGACCGCCUCUGUACACCCCUGCAAACACUCAUCCGUCAUGAAGGUGCUGCUCGACCGCGCAGACGCCGCUUUGAAAUUACGACUCGCCAAGCUCAAGGCAGGCAAGGACGUCAGCAAGCUUGACAGCGGAAUGGAAGCACUGGUGGACGAUACGAGGUUACUGAAGCUCACGGAGCAGGCCAAGAGCAAGGAUGACGGCGAAGGUAAAGAUGACUGGGAAGUUCUGAGUGAAGGCGGCGAUGAUGAGGUAGCCAUCCGUGUAGAUCAGUACCUUGUGGUCUUCUUGAAGUUCAUGGCUAGUGUCACGCCCGGCAUAGAACAUGACUUCACCAUGGGUGUCUGAUCGGAGCCUUCUCUUUCCUAGGUGCUUCGACUUGGGUAUGGUUUUGUUUACACUUAUGGCUGCGACUGGGUUGGCAACGGCGUUAGUAUGGUAUCAGGAGAAUACAGAAGCAUGCGGAGUAACAGGCGCUCGGAAUCCAUGAUAUGCCAAUCAAAGUAUCCUAUACAGCAUUACUAGCUUAUCUCAAAUUCAAAACCUCGUCAAGAGCCCAGUCCCAGCCUCUUCGGGAAACGUCCACGAUACACCCACGCUGCGCCCGCUGCUACGGCACUCAACGUACCCAAAGCCAGCACUGUGUUACUCACCG